AUGCUGCAAUAUGAUCAUCAAUUCAUUCAGAUUCUGAAUUUUGGAAACCAAAAACCAGGCAGCUCCGACUGUGGAGGGACAGCCCUGCUCGAACUGGCAGAAAUCUACUCGGAGAACUACCACAUCUACUGCUCCAUAUUCGUGUGCGUUUUCGGCACCAUCGCCAACGUCCUCAACAUCGUCGUCCUCACUCGAAAGGACAUGGCAAGCGCGCCCAUCAACAGGAUCCUGACUGCUCUGGCUGCUGCCGAUAUGAUGCUGAUGAUCGAGUACAUUCCGUUCGCCUACUACUACCAUUUGGAGCUGUCCGGAAAGAAGGAUUUUCCGUUCGUCGGGGCAGUGUUCAUGCUCUUCCAUAUCCAUUUCACGCAGAUCCUGCAUACCAUAUCGAUAUAAACUGAGAAUAAAGGCAACGGCGAUGACGAUAUCAACAUUAUCAACCAACCUGGAAAAGGUCUGUGGCGUUAUUUUAAGAAAAAUGACAAAGGUGGCAAAUGUCUUCUGUGUUCAAAUGAACUUAAAAUUAGUCAACGUUCUACCAAAGGCUUGAAAAUACAUUUGAAGACUAAACACAAUAUCGAUAUCGGUUGUCGAAACGAUGACACUGGAGAAGAAUCCUUACCAAUAGUACCAAAGAAGAAACCCAAAACAAUGGACAGUUUUCUUAUCAAAGAAAACACCAUGGACAAAAUGAUCUCUAGGAUGGUAUGUAAAGACGGAUUCACCCUAAGUUCCUUUUGCACAUCUACGGAUUUAAGGAAUUUAUUUCAUAAAAGCGGUCACAAAUUACCCAAUUCACCAAAUACAAUACGAUCUAUCGUAACAAAUUUUUAUAACACAGUUAAAGCUGACAUGAUUAUUGAAUUUGAACGACUCAAGAAACGGAAACAGAGAUUUUCACUCACAUUUGACGAAUGGACGUCACAAAAGAAUCAUCGAUACUUAAAUAUCAACGUCCACCAGAAUGAAAACCAUUUCAAUUUGGGUUUGGUCCGUAUAAAUGGCUCAGCUACCGCAGAACAUUGCAUUACCUUGGUGAAAGAACGCCUCACGAGUUUUGGUCUAGACUUAGACACAGAUAUUAUCGCAAUUACAACGGACGGCGCUAGUGUGAUGGUGAAGGUUGGCAGACUUUUGCGUUGUUCCCAGCAGCUUUGUUUUACACACGGCUUACAACUAGUGGUGGUUGAUGCACUGUAUAAGAAAAGCAAUUCUUUGAUAUCAGAAAUAUCAGAAUGCGCAGCAGCAGCAUUUACGACGGAAUCUGAUGAUGAUAACGAUGAUAUGGACGCCAAUGAACAGGGUUUGACUGUAAACAUAAAUUCACUGCCACUUGAAAUGAUUUCUACAACAUAUGAAGAUCUAUUGAAGAAAACCAAGCCGAUUGCCAUAAUGUUUGGGGCGGGGGGCAGUGGGGUGGUGCCCCCGGAUAUGACGUUUCUGGGCACCGCGGGCCCAUACCGUAUAUGGGCCCACAUGGCUCAGGGCGGAACAGUAGUGUAUCCGGAGAAGAACCACAUCCUCUGCACAGAAAGAAGAUGCACCUACGCCAUCUGCAGCUGCUACAUCCUCCCGCUGUUCCUGUGCAUCCCAAGCUACAACAUCUUCCAAAUCACGACCACCGACAUCACGGAAGAUGGCAAACUAUACAUCCUCUACCACACCAGCCUCAACGAGAACGUCAAGGAAGACAGAACCCUCCUGAUGAUUAACUUCUGGCUGUUCGCCGUGCUGAUCAAGCUACUGCCUUGCGUCAUACUCACCAUAAUCAGCUGCUGGCUCAUCAGAACGCUGUUCAACGCAAAGAGGCGAAAGCAAGUGCUCAGAGGUUACGAUUCCUUUCCUCUGACAGCCAAUGGCAAAGAACCGAAGCGAAAGUGCAAGUCAGAACGGCGGGCUGACAGGACAACUAGGAUGCUAAUAGCUGUUCUUCUUCUUUUUCUUUUGACGGAGUUUCCCCAAGGGUUGUUUGCUUUUGUUAUCGGUAUCAAAGGUAAAGAUUUCUUCUUGGUGUGCUAUCAGCAGUACGGGGAAGUCAUGGAUAUGAUGGCUCUGAUGAAUGGUUCGAUCAACUUUAUUUUGUACUGUUGCAUGAACAGGAUGUUCAGGGCAACGUUUGGUCGUCUGUUCAGGCCCAAGAUAUUGGACAAAUGGAUAGCUAAUUCUUCUGAUGUCCAUACUACGUACGUAUCCAGAAACCUUUCGAACUAUGAACAUCGCUUGUAA